AUGUUAAAUAUACAAAACUACGGCAGUAGUUCUGAAGACGAGGGUGAUAAUGAAGCAGAGGCUAUCAAAGGCCAGAGUAAUGAAAGUUUGCUAACACAUCUUAAGCCUGUCGAUUCGAACUUUUCGGUGGCAAAAUCAAUGCAAAUAUGUGCAGCACCAGUAGUUAUGCCCACGAACAAUGAUGACACUAGAGUAUUAAUACCAAACAACCAAGAGUUGAUGCACAAUCCUAAGUUUGAGGAACUCUUUGCUCCGACGUAUGGCCCGGAGAAUCCUUUUCAAACCCAACAGAUGAAAGCAAAUAGGAAUAUGUUGUCUGGAUUUGUAGAAAAAGCACAUAUAAGUGACUUUCAAUUUGAAAAUCAAAGAAGAACGUUUACAAGUUAUGGACAUGCUGUAGAUCCUUCAACUAAUGGUGACACUAGUGGUGAUGCUAUUGUUGUAUCAGCAAUGGUGGCGCCACCUGAGGAGGUUGUGGGGAAGUCAGUGUUUGAGACGAUUAAGAAGAGGCCUUUAGAUAAGAAGAAGAGAAACAAGAAUGACAAGCCUGAAGACAUCACAGGGUUCCUGGGACCCUGGGGUGGAUAUGUGGGGGAACAGAGAGUAAUGAGGCCUGAAGGGGACGAAGCAAAAGAGUUACAAGAAAUAGUUGCAAAACGACAGAAGAAAGGCAAAGUUGAUGAUGACAAACCUCUGGAGGAGAAAUCUAUAUUCCAUAUCGAGGACGCGACAGACUACCUGGGCCGCUCGUGGGUGGCGGCGCCGCGCGCUGAGACUCAGCUGCGCAGUGACGCGCCGCCGGACAAGUGCUUCCUGCCCAAGGCACACAUCUUCACGUGGAAAGGCCACACGAAAGGAGUGGCGGCUGUCCGCUGGUUCCCUGGAACUGCUCACCUUAUGCUCUCCGCCGGCAUGGACUGCAGAGUCAAGAUUUGGGAGGUAUAUGGCGACCGUCGCUGCAUUAGAACGUACUUUGGCCAUCGGCAAGCUGUCAGAGAUGUUAACUUCAACAACAGUGGCAAUCAGUUCCUGUCGGCUGCUUACGACCGCUAUAUAAAGUUAUGGGACACGGAGACAGGAGAAUGUAUAUCGCGGUUCACAUCGCGGAAGGUCCCGUACUGCGCCAAGUUCAACCCUGAUGAGGACAAGCAGAACCUGUUUGUUGCUGGCACCUCGGAUAAGAAAAUUAUUUGUUGGGACACCCGCACCGGGGAGGUGGUCCAGGAGUACGACCGUCACCUGGGCGCGGUCAACAGCAUCACGUUCGUGGACGACAACAGGCGCUUCGUCACCACCUCCGACGACAAGAGUUUGCGCGUCUGGGAGUGGGACAUACCGGUCGACAUGAAGUACAUAGCGGACCCGUCGAUGCACUCGCUCCCAUCAGUGACAGUGUCCCCCAACGGCAAGUGGCUCGCGUGCCAGUCCAUGGACAACAAGGUCAUCGUGUUCAGCGCCCUCAACCGGUUCAAGAUGAACAGGAAGAAGACCUUCAGCGGUCACAUGGUGGCCGGAUACGCUUGUUCUGUGGACUUCUCGCCCGAUAUGAGCUACCUGGUGUCGGGCGACGCCGACGGCAAGUGCUACAUCUGGGACUGGAAGACCACGAAGCUGUACAAGAAGUGGAAGGCCCACGACGGCGUGUGCAUCACCUCGCUGUGGCACCCACACGAGCCCAGCAAGCUGCUCACAGCAGGCUGGGACGGACUCAUCAAAUACUGGGACUAAAUAAAAUCACUCUAUCCAUGA